CACUUCCGGUCUCCAUGGCCCCGCCUUCUUCCGGGUCUGGGCUUCUCUGGCUCGUUGUCUCAGCUGCUCUGGAGGAUUCAGACGGGAUUAGUUAAGUACCUCUGAUCCAGCCAUGACCAGGUGGGCUAGAGUUACAACUUCAAAUAGUAAGAGACCCUUGUCAGCAACAUCAUGGGAGGACAUGAAGAAGGGCUCUGCAGAGGGCGCAAACCAAAACCCUCCAAGUCAUAAGCGAUGUCAAGUCAGUGGGCUGUCCCUUAGAAACGACGCACCUCAGGCAAAACACAAGAAGAACAAAAAGAAAAAAGAGUAUUUGAAUGAAGAUGUGAAUGGGUUCAUGGAAUACCUGAAGCAGAGCUCACAGGUGCUUCACAAUGGACAGCUGAUAGCAGCCGACAGCAGAGACGUAAGGGAAGAAAUUGCAGUGGCCUUAAAGAAGGACAGCCGGCGGGAAGGAAGGCGGCUAAAGAGACAGGCAACAAAGAAGAAUUCGAUGGUGUGUUUCCACUGUCGACAACCUGGCCAUGGAAUCGCUGACUGCCCAGCUGUGCUAGAGAGUCAGGACAUGGGCACCGGCAUUUGUUACCGCUGCGGGUCCACGGAGCACGAGAUGACGAAGUGCAGAGCUAACGUAGACCCUGCACUUGGCGAAUUUCCUUUUGCAAAGUGUUUUGUCUGCGGAGAAAUGGGACACCUGUCCAGAUCCUGCCCUGAUAACACCAAAGGAGUCUAUGCUGACGGUGGCGGCUGUAAACUCUGUGGCUCCGUGGAACAUUUUAAGAAAGAUUGCCCUGAAAAUCAGAACUCAGAUCGAAUCAUCACAGUUGGUCGCUGGGCAAAGGGAAUGAGUGCAGACCACGAAGAUGUUCUGGAUGUGCCCAAACCACAGAAACCUAAAACAAAAGUACCCAAAAUAGUUAAUUUUUGAUAAGAAUUGGUACAGUUGUUAAGUACCAUCUCAAGGUUACUUCCCAAAGUAGGCCUUUAGAGAUUAAAGCUGGCCCGAGUGGGGGCAAACUUGUAUUAGAGACACGACUCUGGUCUUGAUGGGGGUCAGGCUGCCUGCAGUCUGUCUAUUAAGGAGUACAGAGUGAUUGAUUAUAGUCUCUAGACGUGUGUGUGUGUGUGUGUGUGUGUGUGUCUGUCUGUCUGUCUGCCUGCCUGUCUCUCUGUGCCCGUGUGUCUAUCUGUAUUUGAAACAGAGUCUAUGUAGCCCAGGUUGGCUUCAGACUAAUAACUGUGCACCGGGUCCAGAGUACUGAGAUUCAGGCAAUGUGACAGAGCUUUUUUAUCAGAUGGAACUUAGAAACAGCUAAGUGCCUCUACCUGAUGGUGGCAGUCACUGCUAUAAAUGUAAAUUAUGACUCAAAAUUGACCCCUAAACAAAGCACAUGCAUUUCAGCUUGUGAAUAAAUAUUUUGUUAUAUGCUCUUAAUUCAGAGUAUCAAUUUAUUGUCAUAGAAAUUUAUUUAUAUGUUGUCACAAAAUCUGUAAUUUUUAGUGCUGAAUAAAAUUAUAUCAGCUGUUUGUCUUUGC